ACCUACAUAAAUACACAGUGUUCCUUGAAAAACUUAUCAUAAAGCAAUUCAGUUACGUAAUAUUUCAGGAUGGAUCCCAUAGCGGCUACCCAGUUGGCAGCAGAUGUAGCAGGCAUCUUCCUGAAAAUCGUGAACACCGUUAAGGACGUUAUCGAGACAAUGAAGGGCGCCAAAGAGGCGCUCAUCGAGCUGCUGAGUCGCUGCGAAAGGGUCCGCUUGUAUCUCGAGCUGUUUCGCUCUCUCACCAGCCGGUUAUCCAACCCAGUUGAAAAAUCUAUAUCAUUAUCUUUCAAUGAUAGUGCGUACCGCCAGACAGCCGAUGAGAUCCUGGGGUUUGUUCACAAGAUCGGGGAUGCCUCGAAGCACUCCGAGAUCUGGAUGAAGUUCAGCUGGGUUUUCUACAAGGGUGAUGUCACCGCGUUGGUCGGGAAGCUUGAGGCCCGCGAGAAGGACCUCAACCUUGUCCUGACUUUCAUUGCAGCUCAGUCCAGUGUGGUAACUGAGAAAGAGAUCAUUACGAUGAAGGGCCGUGCUGAAGAAUGGGCACAAAUCACUGAAGCUUUCGGCACGGCGCAUUUGGGUCAAGACAGUAAUGAGUCGGUCGUGAAAUACUCUUCCGGGCAAGGGAAGAAGGGACAUGGUUCUCACAAUGGAUCGGGAUCGCACAACGAUGGAAAGCAAGUGUCCAGCAAUGUGAUACCAAGUCAACCUUCUUCCAACUCAACGAAGCCAGCUCUGUGGCUUGGAAACGUCGUCAGGACAGGAUUGGACCCGACAUAUCUCAGAGAGAGAGCUCGGCUGUCCGAUGCAGCAUAUUGGGGAGAUUGGCAUCAGUUGUUAUCUUCACUGGACACAGGGAGACGCCGCUUUGGCGAGUCAUGGUGCAAUUCUUUUACUCUAAGAUCGGAAGACGAUUGGCACCGACUGAGCCUAUGGACUCCUUUGCACCAGGCGGCGUAUAUGAAUGCGCCGAAAAAGGUGGUAGAGAAACUCAUUCGACUAGGAGCUUUCAGAACCCUGCAGACUAAGAAAACCAAAGGCGAGUUCCGUUAUCAGGAUCUGACGGCCGUCGAAAUUGCCCGUGAAGUCGGAUACUCAGAUCUUUGGGACAUUCUAACUCCGGUUAUGUGUCAUUUCAUUCCUGCGAGGGUUCUAAUGGACCUAGAACAAAAGCUCCAUGAACUGAUACACGCCGAACUGGCUGGCUUUGCUCAUCUGAAGUACCUUCGUCUUCCUCAACUGGUGGUGUUGACCGAGCUAGAGAACCCGGAGAUAUGGUUUCCAAUUCAGCCCCAGAGUCGGCACGGGAGAGUGUGUCAUCCAUAUGCUCAUAGUAUGAAGCAGACUACUGACUUGAUCUAGGGAUUCUUAUUUCGCUUGGAUGGUCGAGAAUUGGUGGUUCUGAGCAUUGGGAGGAACCCUCCGCAGUCCAAGCAACUCUACCGUGUAUCGGCCACAGGAUGGACUGCGAUACAUGAUGCAGUCGUGUUUCGACGGUAGCUCUUGGAAAAUUGCUUGUUUUCAGCAGAAGUUGGGUAUGAUAUGCUGGUCAUGUAGUGGCCUGUCUUGCAUGUUGUACAUAUGAUUUCAGACUCAGCGACUGAUUGAUACGUCCAUAUGAACAUAUGGUAAUUUCU